CUGCUGCAGUCUGACUACUACAACCUCACCAAGUUCUACGGCACCACGCGGCUGGACGCCAGGGUGUUUGCGGUGAUCGAGUGCUGCGAGCGAGGCUCUCUGCGGGGUGAGCGGGAGGUGUUGGACGACGCCAUCUCCUACCCCGACGGCACCUUCAUGGACUGGGAGUUUAAGAUCUCCGUUCUCUACGACAUCGCCAAGGGCAUGUCCUACCUGCACGCCAGCAAGGUGGAGGUGCACGGCCGGCUCAAGUCCACCAACUGCGUGGUGGACAGCCGCAUGGUGGUGAAGAUCACAGACUUCGGCUGCAACUCCAUCCUGCCGCCCAGGAAAGACCUGUGGACGGCUCCGGAGCACCUGCGCGGGGCGGGCGUGUCGCAGAAGGGGGACGUGUACAGCUUCGGGGUGGUGGGCCAGGAGGAUGAGACCUUCCACACGCUCAGCUGCCGCGAGCGCAAGGAGAAGAUUUUCCGAGUGGAAAACUACAACGGAGGGCAGCCCUUCCGCCCGGACCUGUUUCUGGAAACGGCUGAGGAAAAUGAGCUCGAAGUGUACCUGCUGAUCAAAAGCUGCUGGGAGGAGGACCCCGAGAGGAGGCCGGACUUCAAGAGAAUCGAGAGCACGCUCGCCAAGUUAUUUGGCCUGUUUCACGACCAGAAGAACGAGUCGUACAUGGACACGCUCAUCCGGCGCCUGCAGCUGUACUCUCGGAACCUGGAGCACCUGGUGGAGGAGAGGACGCAGCUGUACAAGUCUGAGCGGGACCGGGCCGACCGGCUGAACUUCAUGCUGCUCCCCAGGCUGGUGGUGCAGUCUCUGAAGGAGAAGGGCGUGGUGGAGCCGGAGCUGUACGAGGAGGUGACGGUGUACUUCAGCGACAUCGUGGGCUUCACCACCAUCUGCAAGUACAGCUCGCCCAUGGAGGUGGUGGACAUGCUCAAUGACAUGUACCGCAGCUUCGACCACAUCGUGGACCGCCACGACGUCUACAAGGUAGAAACCAUCGGCGACGCCUAUGUGGUGGCCAGUGGUCUGCCCCAGAGGAACGGCAACCGGCACGCGGUGGACAUCGCCAAGAUGGCCCUGGACAUCCUCAGCUUCAUGGGCACCUUCGAGCUGGAGCACCUGCCCGGCCUGCCGGUUUGGAUCCGCAUCGGCGUGCACUCGGGCCCCUGUGCUGCGGGAGUUGUGGGAAUCAAGAUGCCCCGCUACUGUCUGUUUGGAGACACAGUCAACACAGCCUCUAGGAUGGAGUCCACCGGCCUCCCCCUGAGGAUUCACAUGAGCAGCUCCACGGUGGCCAUCUUGAAGAGAACGCAGAGCCGGUUCCUGUACGAAGAGCGAGGAGAGACCUACUUAAAGGGCCGAGGGACGGAGACCACCUACUGGCUGACGGGCAUGAAGGACCAGGAGUACAACCUGCCGCCCCCUCCCACCGUGGAGAACCAGCAGCGCCUGCAGGCCGAGUUCUCCGACCUGAUCGUGAGCGCUCUGCAGCGGCGGCGGGCGGCCGGGCUGCAGCGGCCGAGGCCCCGGCGCGUGGCCAGCUACAAGGGCAGCGGGCUGGAGUACCUGCACCUCAGCACCCCCGACCAGCACGACACCUAUUUCUAG